AUGCCCAAUCAAAAACUGUCCCACACGCCAGAGUUCGAGAUCCCACAAGCUACUGAAGCGGUUUCGGCACCCGGUUCACCUCAUCCAACCGAAACCAGACAACGUUUGAUGACUCCUACCAAGGACACUGGUAAUUUUGAAGAAAAGCCUGUGGUGGCUCCAACCAAGGAGUCUGCCAAAGAGAGAAAAAAUUCCCUCAAGAAGCAAGUCUGUUGCAGCCGUUGUAUCUUUGAUCAAUCUCACAGGGACGGAAGCUUUGCUACGUCAGCCGGUUACUGCUUAAAAAAUGAUGGACAUCAAGAAGGCUCAUGGUCCAAACGCCAACGUAACUGA